AUGUCGGAAAAACCGCCGCAUUUCGUACUCAUCCACGGCGCCUGUCAUCGAGCCUGGCAUUGGCAUCUCCUUGAAGCAAAAUUGAAAGCAUCAGGCUGUUCUGUCUCGACCAUCGAUCUCCCAUCAUGUAAUGCCGACAAAGAGAAACUUGUUGUCUCCGGAGCUUUGCGAUUAGACAUCGAAGCCAUCAAGACAUUUCUCGAGAACCUCGCCUCAACAUCCGAUAGGAUAAUCCCGGUCUUCCACAGCUACAGUGGCGCACCAGGAGGCGACGCAGUCGCAGAAAUGAGCUCAGCAGCGAAGUCAAAAAUUGAGAGGUUGGUCUAUCUGACUGCCAUUGCUGCACAGCCAGGUGGGACUGUUGCGGGGAUUCCGAAUGGAGAAGGGAUGAACAUCAACGUCGAAGGCCACAUCGCCGACCUCCUCCUCUGUACGUCCUGUCUCUACGAUCCAGACGUCACAGACCAGAAGCUGGUUGACGACGCCGUGAGCCAUCUCGUUCCAAUGUCAAUUGCCGCGGCGAUAGAGCCUACUCAGCACGCGCCUUGGAAGCAAUUCCCUUGCACGUAUAUUUUCACGACCGAGGACUUGUGUCUUCCAUAUGCUUCGCAAAAAGGCAUGCUAGAGGUGAUGAGCGACGAGGAGAGGAAAGGAUGGAAGACCGUGACGAUGAAGGCCGGCCACAGUCCGAUGUUGGCGAACCCAGACGAGUUGGCGAAAGUGUUGCUGGAGAUUGCGGUGUCCAGUGUUUCUUGA